AUGACGGCAAUCGUAGGAUGUUUGGUGUCGACAAGCCCGUUCGGUAUGCUGCGGAUUGCCCGUUGCAUCAAAAACAAUAUGGGCGAGUGGGCGGAAUGGGAAUACAGGUGGUUUGAUCCAGACGGCCCAAUGUUUCCUCCGUUGCCAGAUUGUAACCCAGCUUUCCACAACGGCUUGAUGUACCUAUUGGAAGAAGACGGAGGGCUAGCAGUCUAUGAUGUGAGUAGGCAUGAUGGAAACUUUGAAAUCCUGGACAAGCCCAACAGCUUUGGAUUCGAAUGCGAAGACAGCUACUUGGUUGAGUCGGACCAACACGAGCUCAUGGCUGUCCUUGUUGGGCACCGUCGGACGCCGGUAAACGUUGUCAAGCUCAAUGAGCAUACAAUGGAGUGGGAGAAGAUAGAAAACCUAGAGGGGAGAUCCCAAUUCACUGGAUCGUUGUCGACGGCAAUGAAGAAGACUAACAUCAAGUGGAUGCAGAACAAGAUAUUUCUCCCUAGGUUCUAUGAUUGGCCUCGGAGGACCGUCCUCGUUGACCUUAUACAACGAGACGGUGAAUUGGCCUUCGUGCCAAAUUCAAGAUUCUCAGAUACCACGAUAGAGGAUAACUAUGGCACAGACAUAUGGACUUACGAAUUGGGACAAGGUGAGGAAGCAAAGGAAUUUUGGGAAACAGAGAGAGUGAAUUAUAGUAUUUGGGUUGAUUUCAGUAGUUAUUAA